CGCGCUUUUUUCUCAAAUUCAAAAUGGCGGGUUUAGGAGGCAUUGGAGGCUCGGAACACAGUCUUUAUUCAUUCUUUCAGAGAACUAAAGCAAUUAUUGCUGAAGCAGAGCAUUUUAUCAUUUCAGAACACCUAUUUUUUGACAAUAUCGACGGUUUAGAGCGCAUACAUGAGCGACUUUCAGAUGCUGGAGACACUGUAUUCACGUUAAAACAGAGAGCAUUGAAUCUUAUGGAUGAUUUUGAUAUGGCGAGUUUUUAUAAUGACAUGCACCAGUUAUCCUUCUAUUUAAGUCGACUUCAGAGUUUCUUUCAGAACCUUAUCAACGACCUUCAGAAUCAGAUACCUUAUACUCCAACCUACAAUUGCCAUAGAAGGUACACAGGUACAAGAGGUCAACCGCGACUCGAAAUAUCUAAGAGAUUAGUAGAAUGUCUAAGGGAAUUGCACUUUUCUUGGACUAGAAUCGCUGAAUUAUUGGGUAUCUCAACAAAAACAUUACAACGAAGACGUGUAGAGUUUCAAAUUGAUGUAGAAGAAUCUUGGUCUACCAUAAGUGACAUUGAACUUAGAGAAACAAUGCAAGAGAUUAUGAGUGUUACUCCAGGAAUAGGACAAACACGUAUGGUAGGUGCACUGAGGAGCCGAAAUAUAAGGGUCCAACGGUCACGUGUGAGGACAUUAAUGCGUGAAUUGGAUCCAGUUGGAACAGCACUUCGUUGGCGGGGAGCAAUUCGCAGAAGAAAUUACAAUGUGGGUUGUGCAAAUGCUCUGUGGCACAUCGACGGGAACCAUAAAAUGAUUCGCUGGCGAAUGGUGGUUCAUACAUCCAUUGAUGGCUACUCCAGGUUGAUACCAUAUUUAAGCUGUGCUACUAACAACAAAGCAAACACAGUUUUAGAAUUAUUCCAAGAUGCAUGUCGUUCAUAUGCAUUACCUUCAAGAGUGAGAUGUGAUCAUGGACUUGAAAAUGUGGGUGUUGCUCGAAUGAUGUUGGAGUGCCGUGGAACAAACAGGGGAAGUAUCAUCACAGGUGCUUCAGUUCACAACCAACGAGUUGAAAGGCUUCAUAGAGAUGUUACUACUGGUGUUCUAAAGGCUUAUAUUGAUCAAUUUAACAUGAUGGAACGUUCGGGUCUUCUUAAUCCUGCCAAUGAGGUACAUCUUCUUGCACUACAGCUUGUUUUUGUCACAGUCAUUAAUCAGUCCUUACAAGAGUUUGUUAAUCAAUGGAAUCACCAUGGAAUCAGUACUGAAGGAGGGCUAUCGCCUUUGCAACUUUGGUCAGAAAGCAUUGUAAGAUGUGCAACACAAAGCAACUCAACUUUAGACAAUGUACUAUCAAGCAAUGAAGUUGAAUCAUAUGAAAUAGAAGCACGUGAUGAAAUUGAAAAUGUAGCUGGUGUGGUUGUACCUGAAACAACACUAAAUUUAACUGAAGAUCAGUUUGCCUAUAUUGCAGCUUUAGCAAGUCAAAACAACAACUUAUUUGACAAAGUUCACACGUACAUGCAUGUUGUGAAUGCCAUUAACGCAAUGUUUUAAGAAUUUUUAGAAGAGUGAACCACUUGCAUAAAGAAAAUGUUAUUACCUUUGUAAAAAAAA